AUGUCAUAUAAUCCUAAUUUUUAUAAUAAUUUUUGCGGAAAUAAUUCUACAUUCCAAAGUUUGCCACGUUUUGUAAGACCCCCACCAUAUUUUGUACCACCUCCACCACAGCCACCACCAUUCUUCAUUCCUUCUUCAACCCCAGCAUCUAAAAGAGAAGAAGCUGAUCAAGAGUUUCUGAGAACCUUUGAAGCCAGAGUACCUGUGAGUGAACAAACGCAAGCCAAUGUGAAGCCAAUGUCAAUAUCUGAAGUCCGCGAAGAGAUACGUAGAAUGCUUCUCAUUGUUAAUUACUUAAAAGAUAAAGAGAGAAUGUUAUCGGAAAACAUAAGCGCUUUACCUGAAGAAGAAUGGAGGUCCCAUAUAAAGGAGAUUGAAGAAAACAAAGCAUCAAUUACUAAAACAAUGUCCCUUAUCAACGGUCCACAGUUAGAUAUGUUACGGAAGCUUCUAGCAAAGCGAUCAGCAAAGAGGUUGCGAUUGAAAAGAGUCCACAUGGAAAAGAAAAAAGAAAAGGAGGAGAGAAUUAAAGAGUUGAAAGAGAGAUCUAGGAAGAUUGAUGAGAAUUUGCAGAAAAUUCAGGAUGAUAUCAACAGAGCUAAGCAGGAAGAAGAAAAUAAGUUACAAGCGGACAUAGUACUGAAGGAAGUACUCCGCAAGAAGAGUGAUGCAAAGAAAUGUCUGACCAAGCUGGAUGCUCUGCUCAAGCUACGUAAAGCUAGACAGAACACUGCUUUGGGACGAGGGGAGACGGUCUCUGAUAGUGAGGCUGCUGCUUUCAAUACUCACAUUGACAAACUGAAAUCCCUAUGGUCCAAGAAGCUAUUACUCUACGAGCGUGAGGAAUCAGAUCUCCGAGUCCAGCUCAAUGAAGACUCGACGCUAGUGAACACCCUGAAAGCUGAGGCUGAACAGAACGUAGCCUCAAACUUAGCUAAGUGGAGGGAAACGCUGUUUGGAGGGAAAAUGCCCCAAGUUGACUUUGGAGGCAAUGUUGAGAGAUUUGUUGCUAUCAGAUCGCAGUGGGAUACCUACAUAAGCAGAGAAGGCACUAGUCUGCCCGUCGGUUGGGUCCCUCCAUCUGUAAGGACUGAAGACAAACCUUCAUGAAUUGAUGUACUUCAUAACAAACAGUAUUUGCAACAUGAACGUAAUCUAUAUUUAUUUGCAUUUAAUGUAUGUGGCCUUAAUUGCAAUGCUUUUUAUUCAAUAAAAAAUGCAUUUAUAGUA